GGUGCACUGAUCGAACCACCAUUUACUGCGUGUUUAAAACAUCGCGCUCAAACCUCCACAAUGUCGACAACGACAAAAGCCAAGUCAGAGCCUAUGGCAGACUUGAACCCGCGCUCGACGAGCUAUGAAUUUAUGGGCCCACCGGGCGCCUUUCUCAUCUCAUUCGGCGUACCUUUCAUGACGUAUCUCCUCUACUUUGGUUGCUCAGACGAAUCUGGCGGCUGCCCUCCUCCUUUGCAAUCUAUUCCAGACCGGCUCGUGGAAGCACUGAGUGACAAGACCUUUUGGGCAAGUCUGUGGAAUACCGAAGCCAGUUUGAUUUACUUGGGAUGGUACGCGUUUUGCAUUGUUGCAUGGGCGGUGCUCCCCGGAGAUUGGGUUGAAGGCGUGACUAUGCGCACUGGGGAGAAAAAGAAGUACAAAAUCAAUGCUUUUUCGACAUUCCUCCUUGCAAUGGGUGUCUCCUGUGGCUAUAUCUUUCGCAACGGCCCCGAGUCUUUCACGUUCUUGUACCAAAAAUGGACAGGAUUCAUCACCGCUUCGCUCGUCAUGUCCUUGGUGCAGGCCUUCUACGUGUACGCAAGUUCAUACCGCCCGGGCGCUCUCCUCGCACUUGGUGGCAACUCGGGAAAUUUCAUUUAUGACUGGUACAUUGGCCGCGAGUUGAACCCCUCUAUUGGUUCUUUUGACAUCAAAUCCUUCAAUGAGCUCCGUCCUGGCCUCAUCCUCUGGGUGUUGGUGAACAUAAGCAUGGUCUGCGAGCAAGCUGCGCGUCGCGGGGGUUUUGCGAACGUGACCGACUCGAUGUGGCUUGUACUCGCAUUCCAGACCUGGUAUGUCGCUGAUGGACUGUAUAACGAGCCCGCCAUUCUCACGACUAUGGACAUCACAACCGACGGUUUUGGGUUCAUGCUUGCUGUUGGAGACCUCACCUGGGUGCCUUUUGUGUACUCGCUACAAGCACGCUACCUUGUGUUCAAGCCCGUUGAGCUUGGACCCCUUCUUACUGCUGGAGUACUUGGAUUCAACCUCCUUGGGUAUCAUAUUUUCCGCGAUGCUAAUGGAGAGAAGAAUGAUUUCAGAAAUGGACGAAAUCCCAAGAAUUUGAAAUACUUUACGACGUCUACUGGUUCGAAGCUUCUCACUUCAGGGUGGUGGGGCCGAUCAAGACACCCCAACUACCUUGGUGACCUGUUGAUGGCACUAGCAUGGUCGCUUCCCACCGGGUUCGAUACGCCAGUCACAUACUUCUAUGUCGUGUACUUUGCGGUCCUGCUCAUCCACAGGCAGCGCCGUGAUGAUGAAAAUUGCGAGAAAAAGUACGGUAAGGAUUGGGAGACGUACAAGAAACUGGUGCCAUACCGUAUUAUUCCAUACGUUUACUAGGAACAAGGUCUGGAUAAAUUGCUGCUCACUCCACGGACGAUCGAGUUUCGGGAACGUUAAUGUAUUAUGUCCUGCUAACCAGAAACAAUGUAGAUUCCCCGAUCAGUCACACUGUCGGGUAAUACAGAGAUGUUUAUUUGCCGUC